CGCAACCUAAUCCUCGAAUAAGUGGUUCGUUCAAUAAUCUCCUGUUUACAAAAUCGCCGGUUCCUGUUCGAUCGAUUUCUCGGCUGCAACAUCACGCGUAUCAUGUCAGAGCCUCAACAGUCACAGCCAUCUCAAGAUGAACAGCCAAACGAGAAGGACUCUGUCGGCGCGCGCCUCCAGCCCGUGGAGACGGGUGCAUCUUACGAGCCUCCGCCCAUGAAGACACUUCAGCGGCGUCUUGUUGUUCUUUCUCUUUGUUUGACCCUGUUCCUCUGUGCUUUGGAUACUACCAUCUUGGCAACGGCGCUUCCGACCAUCGGUAAAGAACUAGAUGUAUCAGCUCGCGAAUAUGCCUGGAUUGGGUCCUCGUACACCCUGUCCACGACAGCGGUGACGCCUGUAUGGGCAAAGAUAUCUGACAUCGUCGGUCGCAAGGUUAGCAUGAUGACUUCCACUGGUCUUUUCAUGGCCGGGAGUCUCAUUUGUGCUUUGGCGAACUCAAGUGGCAUGUUAAUCGGAGGAAGAACUGUCCAGGGUCUCGGAGGCGGCGGCUGUAUGGUGCUAAUAACUAUUCUUAUUGGAGAUCUGUUUCCUCUGAAGGAUCGUGCCAAAUACUAUGGCAUAACAGGAGUAGUGUUUGGCGUGGCUGGAGCCAUUGGACCCGUCCUGGGUGGUGUCUUCUCUCAGGCAGUGACAUGGAGAUGGUGUUUCUACAUCAACUUACCCUUUGAGGGUAUUGCACUGGUUGGGCUGUUCUUCUUGCUCAAGGUCGACAUCGAGAAGGUAUCUCUCGUCGACGGACUUCGCAGCCUCGACUGGCCUGGCUUUGCUUUCAUUAUCGGUGGCACCAUUUGCUUCCUCUACGGACUUGAAGCUGGUUCAGGUGGACUUGCGCCCUGGAACUCUGCUUUCGUUAUCUGCCUUUUGGUCUUUGGAGUCAUCAUCUUAGCGCUCUUCAUGGUCUGGGAAGCGAAGUUUGCCAAAAAUCCCAUCAUUCCUAUAAGGAUCUUCCAGAGCACCACCAAUAUCGCCGCCUUCGCCGUCGCCAACCUUCACUCGUUCAUUUUCAUUGCCUGCGAUUACUUCUUGCCUCUGUACUUCCAAGUCGUCCUGGGCUUUUCGCCAAUCAUAUCCGGAGUCACGCUAUUCCCUUUGAUCCUCCCGAUGUCUAUCUCAACUGGCGUCGGAGGACUGAUCGUGAGAAAGACCGGCAACUACAAGCUUAUCAUCUUGGUGGGUGCCGCACUGAUGACUUUGGGAAUUGGCCUCUUCAUUAGCCUUGGUCAACGCAAGGAAUGGCCUAAGCUAGUCAUAUCAGAGGUCAUCGCAGGUCUCGGCUGCGGCGUACUUUUCCAGAACCCUAUGAUCGCUCUUCAAACGCAUGUCCGCCAGAGAGAUAUGGCGGCGACUAUGUCAGCGUACACUUUCAUGCGUGGCCUUUUUGUCUCGGUAUCAAUCGUUGUUGGAACCGUCUUUAUCCAGCGUACUGUUCACGGCGGCAACUUGACAGCUGUGUCUAGUGACAAGGCGCAGGGUGAGACAGACAAGCAUGGGUAUGUCAGUGGUCUACGUGUUAUGUGGGCAUUUUACACUGCCUUGUGCGGACUGAUGCUUGUGUCGGCUGUUUUUAUCAAACCAAAGCCAGCGAAGAUGGAGGAAGUCAGUAGUGAGGCAGCAAGUGAGACUCAGCAGAGCGAUAAGUGUUGAUGCCGAGGAGAAUCAAGUUGAGAUGAGGAAGUGUAUUAGCGAAACCACCUAGAGACAUACAGGAUUGACGUGGGGUUAUCGAUAAAAGGGGUAUUUCCACCAUUUGAAGGCUUCUACUGAUUCCAAGUGACGUGUCUCGCAACUAGUGACCUCAGGUAGAGGUACGGUUCAGCAAAAAUAGGG